UGCCUCAUACUUGCAGACCCAACUGCUAGCCGCUCCCCCUUUUCCCAAUAAUGUCAUACGCCAUGGGAACAGCAACAACAACUAACUUUGUCGCUCAGCCUCGUCACAGCAGAAGAGAAAUUUCUCCAGGCAAUCAAAAUGGGUUCAUCAGCUUCAAAGCUUCUUCCAGAAUCCCUAUCAUGCCCUCAAACUUCAAUAACUCUGCGUCCAUUAGAGCCUCUGUAUUGACUGACAAAACCAACAAAAGGGUAGAAGUCGAUUGCAACGCAGAAAUCUGCAGAUUUUGUGAAUUGGGCAACUUAAGAAGCGCCAUGGACAUGCUCCAAAACUCUAAAAAAUCCCAGCUUGAGUCGAGCACCUACUGUUCUAUCUUGCAGCUCUGUGCUAAUCAUAAGUCGCUUCAAGACGGAAAGAAGGUGCAUUCAGUCAUAUCCUCCAACAGUGUCGAUGUUAAUGGUUUAUUGGGUUGUAAACUAGUCUAUAUGUAUGUUACCUGUGGGGAUUUGAGGGAAGCGAGAAGGGUUUUCGAUGGAAUCCCGAAAGAAGACGUUUUUCUUUGGAGUCUUCUCAUGAACCAUUACGCAAAGGUUGGGGAUUUCAGAGAAAGUAUCACUCUAUUCAAGCAGAUGCACCAUCUGGGAAUCGAUGCGAAUUCUUAUUCAUUUUCUUGUGUUUUGAAGUGUUUUGGCGCUCUGGGAAGCUUAGUAGGAGGUGAACAGGCUCAUGGUUAUCUGCUCAGGUUGGGUUUUGAUUCCCAUAAUGCUGUCGGGAAUGCCCUGAUUUCAUUUUACGCUAAAUGUAAGCAAAUAGAGAGUGCAGAUAAAGUGUUUGAAGAUUUGAGUGAUCGGGAUGUGAUAUCCUGGAAUUCAAUAAUAAGUGGCCACGUAACCAACGGUAUUUCUGAAGAGGGACUUGAAAUUUUCCGGGAGAUGCAACUUUUGGAAGUUAAGAUGGAUUUAGCCACAAUGGUCAGCGUUCUACCAGCUUGUGCAGAGAUGGGUAGACUAUUCUUGGGCAGGGCACUUCAUGGUUAUGGAAUAAAAGCCUGUUAUGGAAGGGAAAUCACCUUGAAUAAUACUUUAGUUGACAUGUAUUCUAAAUGUGUCUGCCUGGAUGAUGCAAUUCGAGUUUUUCAGACAAUGAAUGAAAGGAGUGUUGUUUCAUGGACUUCAAUGAUGGCAGGAUAUGCUCGAGAGGGGCAGCUAACAAGUGCUAUCAAAUUGUUUCAUAAAAUGGAAACAGAAGGUGUAAAGCCAGACCUAUUUACAGUUACUAGUAUCCUUCAUGCUUGUGCAUCUAAUGGAUCCUUAGAGGACGGCAAGAAUUUACACGAUCAUGUCAGAAGAAACAACCUGCAACCAAAUCUAUUUGUUGCUAAUGCUCUCAUGGAUAUGUAUGCAAAAUGUGGUAGCAUGACUGAUGCUCGAUUAGUUUUUGAUGAGAUGAUUGUGAGGGAUAUUGUAUCAUGGAAUACCAUGAUCGGAGGUUACUCAAAGAACUGCCUUCCCAAUGAUGCACUCAAUCUGUUUAUCAACAUGCAAAGUGAAUCAAAACCAAAUGGUGUAAGCAUGGCUUGUGUCCUACCAGCUUGCUCUAGUCUCUCAGCCCUGGAGAGAGGCCGGGAGAUCCAUGGGAAUGUAGUCAGGAAUGGGUUCUCCUCAGACCACCAUGUAAACAAUUCUCUAGUUGACAUGUAUGUGAAAUGUGGAGCAUUAGAGGUUGCACGAUUGCUGUUUAAUAUGAUGCCUGUGAAGGAUCUGGUUUCAUGGACUGUGAUGAUUGCAGGUUAUGGAAUGCAUGGGCGAGGCAAAGAUGCUAUUGCUGUCUUCAAUGAAAUGCAUCGCACAGGCAUUAAACCGGAUGGGAUCUCCUUUAUUGCUAUACUCUAUGCUUGCAGCCAUUCAGGAUUAGUGGAUGAAGGGUGGAGAUUUUUUAAUUUCAUGAGAAAUGACUGCAAGAUUGAGCCCAAGUUGGAGCAUUAUGCCUGUAUGGUGGAUCUUCUGGCCCGUGCUGGACAUUUAACCAAGGCAUACAAGUUCAUUGGAAUGAUGCCAAUCGAACCAGAUUCAACAGUCUGGGGGGCAUUGCUCUGUGGUUGCAGGAUACACAGAGAUGUGAAACUAGCAGAGAAUGUUGCAGAAAGGGUUUUUGAACUAGAACCAGAAAAUACUGGAUAUUAUGUACUUUUAGCCAAUAUAUACUCAGAAGCAGAGAAGUGGGAAGAAGUGAAGAAGUUGAGAGAGAGGAUUGGCAGAAAAGGCUUGAAAAAGAAUCCAGGUUGUAGUUGGGUUGAAAUCAAGAGCAAAUAUCAUGUAUUUGUUUCAGGAGACAGAUCACACCCACAAACCAAAAGGAUACAAUCAUUUUUGGAAAAAGUGAAAACAAGGAUGAAAGAAGAAAGGCAUCUUCCAAACAAGAGGUAUGCUUUGAUAAAUGCAGGUGACAUGGAGAAGGAAGAGGCCCUUUGUGGACACAGUGAGAAGUUGGCCAUGGCUUUUGGGAUAUUAAGCUUGCCACCUGGCAAGACAAUACGGGUCACCAAGAAUCUAAGAGUAUGUGGUGAUUGUCAUGAGAUGGCUAAAUUCAUCUCCAAUAUGGUUGGGAGGGAGAUCAUAUUGAGAGAUUCUAAUCGGUUUCACCACUUUGAGCAUGGACGUUGUUCUUGCAGGGGCUACUGGUGAGCCAAAUGAGAAAUACUUGGAAUACAAAAGAUCCAAUUAUUCAGACGUAUUACUAGAUUCUCAGCUUUAGUAUUGGAUGUUGCAAAUUAAGGGUCUUUGAUAGAUGUGGUUGUGGUACUAAACUGGGUCAAAAGCUCAGGUUUGCUAUUAAAUUGGAACUUAAAUUUUGGAAGAAUUGGUUUCAACUGCGUAUUUACAUUAUCAUUGGUUUAUUAUUCGCCAAAAUGACAUCCAUAUGGGCCAUACCUUAAUCUAAUCUCCUUAACCA